CUGUCCACAAACAGACUCGAAAUCAGCUAGGAUGUGUAUUUUACAACUUUUGCAUUUCAGAAACUGACCCAGGGACAGAAGAGAGUUGCAGUUAACUGUGGAUCUUCUAUUGCUCCCGGAAACCAAAAGCGUUUAUAGCAACCGGACUGCAGUUGUGGGUUGUCACUAGUAACCCAGCCUCAAAGUAAAAAAUGUCUAUAUCGUAAAAAUGCAUGGAAACUCAAAUUAGCUUUUUGGUCUUAAUAUAAGGUUAGGGAUGUGUAUAAGGUGAGCAGUGUGGUUAGGUUUAACAUCUGAUUUUAUGAAUAUCAAUUUUAGAAAUAGGCGGGGUUUAUCCAUAAUAAUUACUUUGUGGCUGUGGUAACUUGCAGUUUGUGGGAGAGCCGAGCAAACAGCUAACAAGGCAGCAAAAUGUCUUGAUUACAAAUAGUCGCUUUGUGAAAUAGAAUUAGAUGACUUGUUACUUAGAUGAAACGCGUUGAUAUUUAGCUCCUCUUGUUGUGUCAACAUCGUGAUAGUUUUCGCUAGGUAUUGUUGAAUGACUUGUGACAUUGUCUAACGUUAAAGUGCUCGCAAGCCCAGCUAGAUGCUAUAAUACUCCGGGGAGACGUGCUAGCUAAUAUUAGCUGAACGUGGAGGCCGAACAAUCCAUCGUUCUUUAGUUUAGAUAGCUAGCUAAAUUAGCGUUUCAAAUUAUUACAAAUAUUUGCUUGUUACUAUGGUACAGUUUUCAUUAUAAAUUAUAUUUAUUUUGGUCCAGGAAAAAAACGUUAUUUAUUAUCUUUCAUUGCGCAGCAAUUCUAUUUUAGUCUAUUUUAGCCACUGAGGUAUAAUAAGGACGUUUGUAUCUGGAAGACAAGAGUCGCACAGUCAUGUAACUGUAAUGCAGGAGGUGUCUAACUGAUCCAGUGCCAGCCCCUCUGAAGUAACACCAGACUGCCUUGAAGUGCUAAGAAAACCCAGCAAGACAUAGUCAUGUUGGAGGAGGACAUGGAAGUGGCCAUCAAGGUGGUGGUGGUGGGCAAUGGUGCGGUGGGGAAGUCCAGCAUGAUCCAGCGCUACUGCAAGGGCAUCUUCACCAAGGACUACAAGAAGACCAUCGGUGUGGACUUCCUGGAGAGGCAGAUACUAGUGAAUGAUGAAGAUGUGAGAUUGAUGUUGUGGGACACAGCAGGGCAGGAAGAGUUUGAUGCCAUCACCAAGGCCUACUACCGCGGUGCCCAGGCGUGUGUUCUGGUCUUCUCCACCACCGACAGGGAAUCGUUCGAGGCGGUCGGCAGCUGGUGGGAGAAGGUGGAGCUAGAGGUGGGAGACAUCCCCACUGUCCUGGUGCAGAACAAGAUUGACCUUCUGGAUGACACGAUGAUCAAAAAUGAGGAGGCAGAAGGUCUGGCCAAGAAGCUCAAGUUGAGGUUUUACAGAACCUCUGUAAAGGAGGACCUUAAUGUCAAUGAAGUUUUCAAAUACCUAGCAGAUAAGUAUCUGCAGCGACUCAAGCGGCAAACAGCAGAGGAGCCCGAGGCAGUGCAUACAGCAGGCAAUAAAAUUGGCAUUUUCAACACCACAAGUAGUAACCUAUCUAGUCAGAACUCCAGCAAUGGCCGUGAAAUCAUCAGCUUGCGGCCCCACAAACAGAGGACCAAGAAGAGCAAAAACCUCUUCAGUAGCUGCAGCCUUCUUUAGAAUCAAUCCAUUCCCUUCAAUACUGUACGUUUUGACUGCCAUAUGUGAGGGAAAGAGUCUUGAUUGAUGAACGGUUGUGUAUUAUAGGGGUAGAUUCUUUCACAGACCAAAGUCUGCAUAGAACACGGUAUGUUAUAUCAAUUUGAGCUCAACCUAGAUCUAAUCUGCACCUGCACAUUGUGCCUAUCAUGACGUUGAGCAUCUUUACAGAUCCAGUCUAGCCUUUGAUUCGCAUGGAUAGAUGGGAGAUCUAAAGCACCAGUAUGGCAAAAGUAACAACAGUCCUCCAGAUGGCUGCAAUGGAUACCAAAACCUAUGUUGUAGCAUGAAUGGAAUUCUUGAAGCUUAUCUUUUGGGAAAUUGAGGUUGGGAUUUGCAGGGUUUUCCCCAUUUACACCCUUCAACAUGUUGUAGGGCAGGGUUACAUUCUAGUUCACUAUCAAGGCAUCUUUGUAUGUUCAUAUGUGAUUUUUACAGAUUACCAUUUGUGCAUUUGACUGUUCAUCUGUGCAAUAUGUUUAUUGUAAGAGAUAUACUGAUUAUUUUGUACCAUAUUUUGUUUAAAAUAUUAAUGGAAUAUGGUUCAAUCUAUGCUGUAUAUUGUGGAUAAAGACUUGGACAUAAUUGUUCAUUGUUUUCUGAAAGGUAUUUUUAUAUGAAUUUUAAGUGUUUAACAAAUGUUUGCAGACAAUGACUUCGCUAAAACUUAACAUAGUGCCAAAUAGUUUCUUAACUUCCUUUUAUUGUUGAAAGAAAUGUACAUAUUUUAAGGUGAAAGGUAAGAGUGAUUGGUAGUUGUAUGAGAAUACUGAAUUACAAGAAAGACCAAUAGAAUGUGCUCUUAUAUUACCAAAUAAAAUUUGAGAUUAGCACAAUAAGCUCUUUACUUGAGUCACAAAAUUAUAAAAUGUACUGAUCUUAUAGAAUGGAUGAGCCAGUGAAGAGUGUUUUGUUACACAGACAAUACCAAUCAAUAUAUUAUUCUUUAUCUGGUUAGCACACACGGGUGUUUCAUAGGAUACUAGAAAUUACAAUUGUUUACAUAUUGCAGCAUUUAAAUCAUAUACAGUUGAAGUUGGACGUUUACAUACACUUAGGUUGGAGUCAUUAACCUGUUUUUCAACCACUCUGCAAAUUUACUUGAUAACAAACUAUAGUUUUGGCAAGUUGGUGAGGACAUCUACUUUGUGCAUGACACACAUACAUUUUCCAACAAUUGUUUACAGACAGAUUAUUUCACUAUCACAAUUGGAGUGGGUCAGAAGUUUACAUGCACUGAGUUGGCUGUGCCUUUUAAACAACUUGGAAAAUUCCGGAAAACUUCAUGGUUUUAGAAGUUUCUGAUAUGCUAAUUUACAUAAUUUGAGUCAAUUGAAGGUGUACCUGUUGAUGUAUUUCAAGGCCUACCUUCAAACUCAGUGCCUCUUUGCUUGACAUCAUGGGAAAAUCACAAGAAAUCAGCCAAGACCUCAGAAAAUAAAUUGUAGACCUCCAGAAGUCUGGUUCAUCCCUGGGGGCAAUUUACAAAUGCCUGAAGGUACCACGUUAAUCUGUAUAAACAAUGGUACUCAAGUAUAAACACCAUGGGACCAUGCAGCCGUCAUACCGCUCAGGAAGGAGAUGCGUUCUGUCUCCUAGAGAUUAAUGUACUUUUGUGUGAAAGGUGCAAAUCAAUCCCAGAACAGCAGCAAAGGACCUUGUGAAGAUGCUGGAGGAAACGGUUACAAGAAUAUCUAUAUCCACAGUAAAACGAGUCCUAUAUCGGCAUAACCUGAAAGGCCGCUCAGCAAGGAAGAAGCCACUACUCUAAAACCGCCAUAAAAAAACAGACUACGGUUUGCAACUGCACAUGGGGAUAAAUAUUGUACUUUUGGAGAAAUGUCUUCUGGUCUGAUGAAACAAAAAUAGAACUGUUUGGCCAUGAUGACCAUCGUUAUGUUUGGAGGAAAAAGGGGGAUGCUUGCAAGCCAAAGAACCAUCCCAACCGUGAAGCACGGGGGUGGCAACUUCAUGUUGUGGGGGUGCUUUGCUGCAGGAGGGACUGGUGCAAUUCACGAAAUAGAUGACAUCAUGAGGAUGGAAAAUUAUGUGGAUAUAUUGAAGCAACAUCUCAAGACAUCAGUCAGGAAGUUAAAGCUUGGUCGCAUAUGUGUCUUCCAAAUGGACAAUGACCCCAAGCAUACUUCCAAAGCUGUGGCAAAAUGGCUUAAGGACAACAAAGUCAAGUUAUUGCAGUGGCCAUCACAAAGCCCUGACCUCAAUCCUAUGGAAAAGUUGUGGGCAGAACUGAAAAAGCAUGUGCGAGCAAGGAGGCCUACAAACCUGACUCAGUUAUACCAGCUCCGUCAGGAGGAAUGGGACAGAAUUCGCCCAAGUUCUUGUGGGAAGCUUGUGCAAGGCUACCCAAAACAUUUGACCAAAGUUAAACUAUUUAAAGGCAAUGCUACCAAAUACUAAUUGAGUGUAUGUAAACUUCUGACCCACUGGGAAUGUGAUGAAAGAAAUAAAAGCAGAAAUAAUUCAGGGGCGGCAGCGUAGCCUAGUGGUUAGAGCGUUGGACUAGUAACCAAAAGGUUGCAAGUUUAUCUCCCGAGCUGACAAGGUACAUAUCUGUUGUUCUGUCCUUGAAUAACUGCCUUUGAAUAAGGCAUUUUACUGUUCCUAAGAAUUUGUUCUUAACUGACUUUCCGAGUUAAAAUAUUAAAGUAUUAUUCUGACAUUUCACAUUCUUAAAAUAACUGACCUAAGACAGGGAAUUUUAACUAGGAUUUGUGAAAAACUGAGUUUAAAUGUAUUUUUAAGGUGUGUGUAAACUUCCUACUUCAACUGUAUGUGCUUUAUUUGUUUCUACUGUGUAACAUAUUUAAUAUGUGUGAGUCUAUGUAUAUUUGUUACAUUUAUACUGAACAAACAUAUAAACGCAACAUGCAAUAAUUUCAAUUAUUCUACUGAGUUACAGUUCGUAUAAGGAAAUCAUUCAUUUGAAAUAAUCAUUAGGCCCUAGUCUAUGGAUUUCACAUGAAUGGGCAGGGGCAAUCAGAAUGAGUUUUUCCCCUCAAAAGGGAUUUAUUCCAGACAGAAAUACUCGUCCGUUUUAUCAGCUGUCCGUGUGGCAGUUCUCAGACGAUCCCGCAGGUGAAGAAGCCUGAUGUGGAGUUCCUGGGCGGGCGUGGUUACACAUGGUCUGUGGUUGUGAGGCCGGUUGGACGAAUUGCUAAAUUCUCUAAAAUGAUGUUGGAGGUGGCUUAUGGUAGAUAAAUUAACAUUCAAUUCUCUAGUAACAGUUCUGGUGGACAUUCCUGCAGUCAGCAUAUCAAUUGCACGAACCCUCAACACUUAAGACCUCUAUGGUGUUGUUUAACAACUGCCCAUUUUAGUGGCCUUUUAUUGUACCCAGCGCAAGAUGCACCUGUGUAAUGAUCAUGCUUUUUAAUGAGCUUCUUGAUGUUCCACACCAGUCAGGUGGAUGGAUUGUCUUGGCAACGGAGAAAUGUUCACUAACAGUGAUGGAAACAUUUGAAAGAAGUAAGCUUUUUGUGCACAUUAACCGUUUCUGGGAUGUUUUAUUUCAGCAAUAUGAAACAUGGGACCAACAGUUUUGGCAUGUUGCAUUUUAUAUUUUUGUUCAGUAUAUAUUUGUUAGUUUCGGGAGAAAUGAACACUACAUUAUUGUUUUAAAGAAAUAUCAAAUUUCAUGUGUGAUUGAAAAGAGAUCUCAUAAUUAAUGGUCUCUUGAUAGAAUGUUCUUAACAUUAUGAACAGAACUACAGGAUAGCUUUGAAAUGGCUUCAUUUUCUCACCUAGUUAUCAUGCUUGGAUAGUGUUCUCUUUCAACUGACCGCUAUGAUGGCUUUUCUGAGGCAAGACUAGUAAUUCCUGCUCUAAUUUCACUGUAGAACAGAAAGGAAAGUAUAAUUCUUUAUACUGUGUUCGUCAUUAUAACUUCUAGUUACCCAUUAAUACUAUUCACAAAUCAAAAUGGCACCACGGUUAUAAGUACAUUCUACUGUAUAUAGUCUGUGUUUUGGUAUCAGUAAAUGUUGUAUGAAAAUUUGCAUGCUUGCCUUGUUUUUUGUUUUUUUCAAGUGAAUGAAUAUGGAACCACAGUUUAAUGCCACAAAGCCUUGUCCAUGUAUGUUUACAUUCUCAUUCAUUGUGUAUCUAUAAACAUACUUUUGUUUAACUAGUUUGAUUUAAGGACUCCUGCUUAGUAAAUAUUGUAAAUCACACACCAUCCCUUAACAGUUGCUAUUUGUAAAAAAUAUUCCAUUUUGUUCAAAUGGACUAAAGGCACUUUAACAAUGAUAUGUUUUAAUGAUGUUUGUCUCCUGAAAAUACACAAUGUUUAUAUUGACCAUUUAAUGAAUUAAUAAUUAAAUCCGUUACCAUUCUUAUAA